GUUUUCCUUCCCUAUUUAAUGGCAGCAUCCACCCGUCUGCAGCCAGUCUACUCCAGACACUCCACACAGCACCAGUCCACUCCAGACUUCCUGGUCUUAGGAAUCAGACAGGCGUCAUAUCCACGCUCACCUCACCAACAACGUUUCUCCUGCGUACUUAGGUUCCAAGCGUUCCUCCGUGAGUCAGCCAUGGGUCAGAACAAGGUGUGCACCUCCAACACUUACGGCUACCCCGAGGCCAGCCAAUCGGCCGUCAAGGUGAAAAGCAAGGCCCAGCAGGCCUCCUCAGGGGCCAGCAAGACCGCCGGCCCGACUGGUGGAAGCACCAAGGACAAGAAGGACGUGUGGGGUCCCAUCUACCAGAACAGGCAGCACUUCAUCGACAUGCACAUCUGCUAGAUCCCGCAGUCCCCUGGUCUGACGUGAGACCAAUGCGUUCACUGCCAGACGGCGGCCCAGGCCCCGAGGAGAGAGAGUGCAAGAUGCCCCGCCCCGCAGCGUGAGGCACCGCGGCGCUCAGAGCAACGAAGCUCUCGACGCCAGUGCCACGAAGGCUUGGAGGGCCAUCGAUGCCGUGACGGCGGCUGUGGCUCCAGAUGCUGUCAGCCGCAGACAGGUGUGUCACGUACGCAUCACUGCUGACCCACGUGAACACUACACAUUGGUACUACAGCGGUAUCCAUACCCUCACACCCCGCCACCCACCACCCUACGGCGCUGACGGAGGCACCAUUGCAACAUGUGGUGUUGCCACUGCGAGGGCCUCCUACGCCGCCACCCCCGCCACCCGCACACCCUCACCCCGCCCUGGACCUAAUCUUGCUAGCGUCCGAGAAACCUCAACAAAGUGUAGCUAGUACAAAACAAAUAUAUAUUCAAUAAUCAUGAAUAAUAAAAAGUAUCGCGUUAAUUGCUUA